AUGGACGUCAGCCGCCAUUCAAAAGUCAACAAUGGAGUUAGAUACUUGCUUAUAGCUAUUGACAUUCUUUCGAGAUAUCUGUGGGCCAUACCCCUAGUAAACAAAAAACCGGAGACGGUGUUAGAAGGUUUCAAAACAAUUUUAAAAGACGAACGUGUACCCAAGAAAAUUCGAGUAGACAAAGGUUCAGAGUUCGCAGGGGUAUUUAAGCAGUUUUUAUCAAAAGAAAACAUUAAACUGAUUGUUACGCAGAAUGAAGAUAUCAAAAGUAAUUUCGCUGAACGAAUUAUUAGGACGCUUCGAAGUAUUAUUGCUCGUUUUACGACUUACAACAAUACACAAAAAUACAUAGACGUUUUAGCAGAUCUAGUACACAAUUAUAACAAUACAGUACACUCGUCCCUGGGACUGUGGGCACCGGCUGAUGUAAAUAAAGUGAACGAAAUUAAAGUGUGGAGUCAUCUGUACGUCGAACCCAUGGUUAAGAAACUUAAAGUAAAGAAACCAUUAGCAAAAUUCGUAUUUGAAGUGGGUGAUUUAACUAGAAUCAGCUAUUUGCGAAAAUCGUUCACAAAGGAACAAGACUUGAGGUGGACAGAAGAGUUGUUCAAAAUCCAUUCUAGAAGUAGACGUCAAGGUAUUCCAGUAUACAAACUGCGUGAUUUUCACGAUGAAGUGCUGAAAGGUAUAUUUUAUACAGCUGAACUUCAGAAAGUGGAAAAUUCUGUGGAAAAUCGAAAAAGUGCUGAGAAAAAAGAAGGAAAAGGGAAAAGUGUACUAUUUAGUUCGGUGGUUAGGGUGGCCACCUAG